AUGUCUCGCAAUUAUGAGGAUGCGAUUGCAGCGCUCAAUUCGCUGCAGUCCAACUUUGCGAUCAUCGAAAAACUCAAGAAGCAGCAGACUAGGGAAGACAUGAACAAAACAUCGAUUCCAGAGAUGGCUGACUGGCUCCGUCGCAUCGGAUAUCAGCCCUCCGAUUUGGAGCGUAUAAACCCCGUCCACGUUGCUGGCACUAAGGGCAAGGGAUCAACCUCUGCCUUUGUCUCUUCCAUCCUGUCCCAGUACACCAAAUCUGACUCACCGGAGUCGGAGCUGUCUUCCCCCAGACUCAACAAAAUCGGCACAUACACUUCACCUCACUUGCGGUUUGCUAGAGAACGUAUCAAGAUCGACAAUGCUCCUAUCUCGGAAGAGCUGUUUGCUAAAUACUUCUUUGAAGUGUGGGAUCGACUGGAGGAAGCCGCGCGGGUCGAGGGAGACCCUCUGGACCCAAGACCGAAACCUCAAUACUUCCGAUACUUGACUCUCAUGGCUUUCCAUACGUAUAUCAGCGAAGGAGUGGAUGCUGCUGUUAUUGAAUGUGGCAUUGGAGGAGAGUAUGACUGCACCAACGUGAUUGCCCAACCAGUCGCAAGUGCAAUCACCAGCUUGGGUAUCGACCACACAUCUAUGCUGGGCACUACAAUUGAAGAGAUUGCAUGGCAUAAGGGCGGUAUCAUCAAACCUGGUGCUAAAGCUUUCAGUGCUCCCCAACCAACUAGCGCUGAAAAGGUCCUAUCUCAGCGCGCAGAGGAAAAGGGAACCCAGCUGGAGAUCGUGAGAGGCCUCUUGGACGGAAGUGAUGUGAAACUUGGUCUCGCUGGUGACUUCCAAUACAUGAACGCAGCAGUUGCCGUUGCCACUGCGGCAGAAUUUCUCAAGAAGGUCGGGAUUGAAGAUGUUUCACAGGAACUCUCUAAAGGAGCUUUACCAGCCAAGUUCCGCAAAGGACUGGAGCUCACUACCUUGGGUGGAAGAUGUGAAACAAGACUUGAAAAGGAUGUAGCCUGGUACAUCGAUGGCGGUCACACCCAGGAGAGCAUAAAGCUGGCUGGUCAGUGGUUUGCCUCCCAGAUCCAAGCCAACUCUUCGUCCAGUAUUGCGGCAGACAAGAAGCUCCGCCUUUUGAUCUUUAACCAACAAACUCGUGAUAGCGAUGCCCUUGCCCGUGCGCUCUACGGAACUCUGGCUGCGGCUCUCGAAUCUGGGUCACCAUUUACCCAUGCGAUAUUCUGUACCAAUGUCACAUACAAAGACGCGGGCUACCGCCCUGACCUUGUCAGCAUGAACACCGACAAAUCCGAUGUGGAAAAGCUGAGCGUUCAACACAGCCUCGCUGAGACCUGGAGAGAUGUUGACCCAAAAGCGGAAGUCAAGGUCUUUGCAACAAUUGAAGAAGCUGUUGACUUUGCACGAGAGCUUGCUGCCAAGGAGAAAGACUUGCUAUCAGGGGAUGAAGCUCCCGUGAUGACCUUUGUCACCGGUAGUUUGCACCUUGUGGGUGGUUUCCUCGAUGUCAUUGAAACCAAACCGAGCAAGCAAGCCUAG